AUGGAGGGGCUGGAGGACGCCUCGACGACGCUGAGCGGGGGGUUGGGCGAGAGGCGAGCCAAAGGCAAAAAGGGGAGCAAAGCGGCGGCGAAAAUGGCGAGGCUCAUAGAAAGGGGCAAAAUCCCCUCCCUCAAGGGGAAGAUGAAGAGGAAGGUGAAGAGGGAACUGGAGAGGAAGGGGCAGAAGAAAUUGGGGAAGAAAUUGGGGAAGAAAGGGGAGAGGAAAAUGAGCCAGGAGAAGGGGGAGAGCGAUAGUGGGGGUGGCGAGGAGGACCCCACUGAUGAGGGUGAGGAAGCGGAGGAGGAUGAAGAAGCGGAGGAGGAUGAAGAAGCGGAGGAGGAUGAAGAAGCGGAGGAGGAUGAAGAAGCGGAAGAGGAAGAUGAAACAGAAUUGGAAACGCUGGACGGGCUGGAUCCCCUCCAAGGCGAGGAACCCCAAAGGACGGCGAAGGGGGCGGCCAAGAAGGGAGACCCCUCGGAGAACUUCAUACAGUUUUUGAGGAAGUACAACGAGCAGGGGGAGGAAGCCCCGAAGAGGAGAAGAUCUCAUGGGAAGGGAAACACAAAAGGGGAGCAGCAGCAGGAAAGUGGGUCGUGCCCCCCGGAAGAAGCGGAGGCGGAGGCAGAGGCAGAGUCGUAUCAGUACCUCUCCCAGAGGGACGACGUAUACAAAAUUGAAAAACCAGCCGAACGAGUGGACCUGGACGAUUUGAUCUACGGCGAUGAUGUUCUGUUGAGGGGGCAAAUAGGUGAAGACAUAAACAUGCUGACGAGGGGGCAACUUGAGAAGGGGAAGUCCCGCUCGCAUGUAUCCGUCCUGGAGGAGCAGAAAAUGAAUGAGCAGUUGGCAUACGUAAAGAACGUCGAGUUGAUUAACAAAAUGAAUAGGUCCUUUUACGUGAUACAUAACGCGCAGGGGGUGCACUUCGGGCAGGGGGGGAAGAGUGCGAAGGGGCAGGUGAGUUCGGAGGAGUUCCUGAGCAAGGGCCUCCUCCGCAGGCGUGGGGAGAGAAGCGGCGAGGGGGGCGGUGAAGUAGAUGGAGGUGUAGGCGGCGAAGUACGCAGCGAGGAAAAUGGCGCCCCCGCCCCCUCCACCGCUUUUCCUGAAGACCCCCUGACGGCGCUCGAAUUCGAAAGGGAGAUGCAAAAAAAUCUGAGGACGUCCAAAAUGCUCAUCGUGUCAGACGACGUGCUGAAGACGGAGAGGGAGAAGAAAAGAGACGAGCUAAAAAAAAUCGCCCAGCUGAAAGCAUUGCUCCAGAAGGAGGAAAGAAAAAACAAAUAUAAGAAGAGAAUAAAGUCUAAGGCGUAUAGAAGGCACCUGCGGAUGAAGGAGAAGAAGGAGGAGGAACGGAUCCUCGCCAAGUUACAACUGGAGCACCCUGAUUUGGCAGACAGCCUGGCCAAUUAUGAAAAGGAGUACGCGCAGAAGAGGAACCUCAUAAGCAAUGUGAAGAAGAGGAAGACGGUGCGGCUACUCAAUCGGUACAAGAACGAGGAGCUGAAGAAGCAGAUGCUCAGGAGCUUCCAGGCGGAGAAGGAGGAGAAGAACAUGCUUCGGCGGAUCAUCGAGAGGGUCGUCGUGGAGGGGGAGGAGGAGGAGGCCGGGGGGGGUAGCGGCGAUGAUAAGAGGGGUGGCGGCCCCCGUGAGGAGGAUCAACUAUCAGGUGACGAAGUUGACGCCUCCCCCCUCAGCAGAAAGAGCAAAGUGAGGAAGGAACUGCAGAAGAGGAACCUCGAGCGAUUCGCCUUUGUGAAAAACGCGGAGGAGAGGAAACGAGACGAGGAAGUGUAUCAGCAGAGGAAGAGGCUGCUAGAUAAGGUGGAGCGGGUGAAGGGUGAGACGGGUGAGACGGAUGAGAAGGAUCCUAUGGCGAGCUGCUCCUCCGAUGAGGGCAGCGACGCGGAGAGGGCUCGGCGCGAGUUGGGCCUGUCAAACGAGGUGCGCAGGUCGAGCGAGAAGGAGGCGUCCAAGGCGAGGGCGCAGCUGGCGAAGGACGCGGACUUGGCCAACGCGCUUCGGAAGGGCGGCAUUUUGGGCACAGGGGGGGAUGCGCUAGAGGAGCCAGAGGAGGUGGUCCCGUUAGAGGAGGCAGAGGGGGUGCCCCCCCUGGAGAACCCUCCUGGUGAGUCCCCCUUGGGGGAAGACCCCCCCGCGGUGAGGGACCUCCACGACAUCGACGCGAUUGACGCGAUGGGAGCGGUGGACGAAGGGAUAGCAGCGCCCAACUCGGGAGAGCACCUCACAGUUUAUAACUUCGAAAAUGAGGUGUACGAGGACUACGUGAACUUGAAUCCAGAGGCAGUCGAGGGGAAGGUGCCCAGGGAGGACGACGAGUUGCUGCAGCUGAGCGAAGACGAAAGAGUCACCACGGAGAGGGUGAGCGAACGGGAGUGGUGUAACUACGAAACGUUGCUCGAGUUGGAAAGGAAAAAAGUUAUGAAGGAGAAGGAGUUGAUCGAAAGGAAGAAAAAGAUCCCAAUUCACACCAUUAGCGUUUUUAAUAGGAAGGAUAAAAAAUUUGCAAAAUACCUUGUGGAUAAGGUGCCGUACCCUUAUGAGAGGAAUGACUAUGAGAGGACACUUAACAUAAAUUUAAAUAAAGAGGUGAAUGACAUUUCUGCGCACGCCAAGCUGGUCGCGCCUCGGGUGUCCAACCGGGUGGGUAACAUCGUCUCUCCGCUGGUAAGGAACCCCUUCGAGAUCGCGCGCAUCCUGACGCUGAAGCGGGGCAAGAACAGGAGCAAGCUAUGA